AUGAAAAAAGGAGAUUGUUGAUGUGUUUCCAACGACGACGUGAUCGUCCUCUAUUAUUACAAUUUCAUCUCCUCUUUUCUCAGAUUAUCAUCAUUGUCUUGUCUCUCUCUAGAUUCUGGCUUCUCCUCGUAUCAGAAACAAAAUCCUCUGUUCUAAUACCGACAAUGGCGAUGGGAAACAAAGGAAGACAACUGCCAAAAUUUGGGGAAUGGGACGCGACUAAUCCAGGAGCCGCCCAAGGAUUCACCGUCAUCUUCAACAAUGCUCGUGACGACAAGAAGACCAAGAAAACAGCUGUGGCUGCACCUGAGAGUCUUGUUACUCCUCCAACAAACAAUGAGCCUCAUCAGAACAACAACCAUCGUCAUCAUCGUCACCAACAGAACAACAACCAUCGUAAGAAACGUAAUUCGCCACCCCCACGAGAAAAGAAGAAAUGGCUUUGCUUCCUUUGAGUCUGGUUCGAGCUCUGUUUCCAAAACGCAAUGAUAAGGAAGCAGAUCGGUUGAGCAGAGUAGUUUUCAACAAAUGACAACGACAAAACCUUCUGUUCGUAUAAGAUGUUGCAAACUUCAAUUCUUCUUCCUCUUCCUCUUCUCGUUGAGUUUCUCUUUUCAACUUUGUUUUGGCCAAACAUUUGGGUAAUAUAAUAUACGUUGUUCUUGCUGCUUCUUGGUUUGAUUUUAUAAAAGGUUAAGACAAUGUCCUUUUCAGUCAUGUAAUACUGCAUAAAAGUCAUGUUAUCUAAUUACUUAAAUAGCAUUUAACUUCAAAACUGAUGCAGCAUACGCAUCAUUCCUAUGUUGGUAUUUCUUUUGUUUUCCUGUUUCACUUUGAUUUCCUUUUCUUAUUCUUAGGAGGGUUCGUGUGAGGCCCUAUAUAUAGGGAA